GACGCACGCUCCCGAUGCGAGAAAUGAAUGGGCGUGUAACAAAACGUGCACACGCCUAUGUCGGAGGCAGCUGCGGGAGCGAGCGUCUGUGUGAGCGAGCGUAACCUAUGCACUUUGGAGACAGACAGAGAGAGAGAGCAGCGUUUGAAGGUUCUGAUUUUAGCUUGUUUGUCAUAUAAAUACACGGAACCCCCCAGGGAGUGAACAAUUGGGCGAGGCUGUCGCUCGUGUAUGUCCGUUCUGUUCCUGUGUAACUAAAUGAUGGAGAGAGACCCCGCAGCACUUGGUAUCACCCAGACCUCGCUAUCACGGUUCCUGGAUGGGGACUUCUGGAACCUGAAGAAUGAGCUGCGCAGACACAUCGCGGCGAACCCCCUCUUCCAACAAAGGUUUGACUUAAGUUUGGAUGAGGUUAGAAACCUGACAGCCGAGAGGGUGAAGUUUGCCAUGAGCAUACCUCAAGUCCAGUCAGCAUUUCAGGAGAUGAUAGAGAAAAAGAAGCACUUCAUCAAUAAAAGUAUGAUUAUUGGAGAAGUACUCUGCACAGCUGAUAUGACUACAGGGGUAAAGUGUGGGGUGGUUUGUUGGCUGUUUGGUGGAGCUGUUUUUAACCUUGGGAGUCCAGAUCAUGUUUUGAAAUGGUUCCUUCCAUUAAAGGUUCACGCAUUUACUGGGAUGUUCGCGAUGACAGAGCGAGGUCACGGCAGCAAUGUUAGGGGCAUUCUCACAGAAGCAGUUUUUGAUCCACAAUCUCAGGAGUUUAUAAUAGACACUCCUUGUGAAGAUGCUGCAAAGAUGUAUAUCGGUAAUGCAACAAGAGGGAAUUAUGCAGCUGUAUUUGCACAACUCAUCAUUCAUGGGAAAUCUCAAGGGCCUCACUGUUUCAUUGUUCCUAUACGUAAUGAAAAUGGGAAAAUGUAUCCAGGUGUCGAAGUAGUUGACAUGAUGCACAAGGAAGGCCUUCAUGGUGUGGAUAAUGGGAUUUUGACAUUCAAUCAUGUUAGAAUACCAAGAGAAAACCUUCUAGAUAAGUUUGGCUCAGUUUCACAAGAUGGAAAAUACAGGUCUCCCAUUGAAAACAAGAGUGACAGAUUUAAUGCUAUGCUUGCAGCUCUUACGCCAACUAGAUUAGCCCUAACAUUCCAAGCUUUGGGUGCUAUGAAGCUUGGGCUGACAAUAGCCAUUCGGUACAGUCACAGCCGAAGACAAUUUGGACCAAAGGGCAAGGAAGAAGUAAAAAUAAUUGAGCAUCAAACUCAGCACCUGAGACUAAUGCCACACUUGGCCACUGCUUUAGCUCUGACAUUCACCAGCAGAUAUGCAGCUGAAAUAUUAGAUGAGGAUGUGUACCACAGUAGAGACCUUGUAAAUAAUCGUCCUUUACAGGCACUAGUGGCUGGUUUAAAGGCCUACAGCACAUGGGAAAACCUGUCGUGCCUACAGGACUGUCGGGAAUGCACUGGAGGGAUGGGGUUCAUGAUGGAAAACCGAAUUCCUGGUUUAAAAUGUGAUUCUGAUGUUUUUGUGACAUUUGAAGGUGACAACGUUGUAAUGUUACAGGUUGUGGUUCGGGAACUUCUCGCUCAGCACACUAGGCAGUAUGAAGAAAGCCCUAUAUUCGGUCUUCUUCGAAACUGGACCAGUUCUAUGGGUGACAGACUGAGAACAAGCUUUUUGGCAUUCAGCUCUGAUAAAAUCAACAGCUUGACAUUUCUUCUGAAAGCUGUUACAUUUCGAGAAAGAGUUCUACAGAGAGGGUUGGCUGCUCGGCUGUACAGCAAGGUAAUGAAAAAUAAGGAAGAGUUUUUCAGUUCCUGGAACUCCUGUCUCCAUCAUGUUGUGACGUUGGCAUUAGCACAUAUACACAGAGUUACCCUGGAACAGUUCAUAUUAGCAGUGGAGUCAUGUCCUGUGCCAAAAGACCAGAGUUUACUAAUGGAGUUCUGCCUGCUGUAUGGGACCAAGCUAGUAUACCAGGAGAGAGCAUGGUAUCUGGAACAUAAGUAUCUAACUCCUGCAACCAGUAUCCAGAUCAGAAAUCAGUUCCUGGACAUCUGCAGACUGGUGAAAGAUGAUGCCUUAAAGGUUGUGUCUGCUUUUAACAUCCCUCACAAGAUAAUCCAGGCCCCUAUCGCCGGCAUCCUAAACCCCAGAGCAAAGUGGGCAUACUACCCCCAGUAUGAUGAAAACGGGGAGAUGGCAGCCAACAUCAGUGCCAAACUCUAAACCAAAGGAUCAGGGGAGAAGAAAUCCAGCUGAGUAUUAAAGGAGGGGAACAUGAACCAACAGUACAAAUCAACUGACUCUAUUUAAUUCAUCCAAACAACCAGCAAGCUGCAUAGGAGUAAGAUAAUUGUAAAGGAUAUUUUUUGUUGCAUAUAGUUAUACAUGUUAGGUUACUGUAUGCCAGUAAUUCAUGGGACCAAACACCUAAAAAAGGACUAAAUAAUAUACAAUAUAAAAAUCAGGAACCAAUUCUCUUUUUAGGCCAUAAUUUUACUUAGGCAAUGAGCUUCUUUAAAUAGUUCUUUUUAAUAGCUUUAAGUAUUGUGGGGCAUAAAUUCAACAGAAAAUCCAUUUUAUGGAAAAUAGGAAAAUUCACAUGAUCAAGCUCUCUCACCCACGCCGACCAAUCAGAUGUUUGUGUCCAUUGCGGUAAUUACAUUAGAUCAGUAAAAGCUUACUGCUGAUUGGUUGCUUUGGGGGCUAGUCCUUGUUUUGAAGUAGAUACGGCAUUGUAUACAUUUGGGGAGAAAUAAUCCAUAUCUUUAUAUUAAUUGUUUAUAAUUCAAAUGGUUGCCCCAAUAUAAAAAUGAUGGUAUUCUGAGUAAGAAAAUGUUCAGGUUGACACGAGAUGUGUCUAAUACAGAGUUCCAUUCCAUACAGUCCCUUUAUUUAAUUGGCUGCCUUGUGUUCUCAUUGGCUUCUGCAUCAAGUGCCCUCCUCUGAUUUCCACUAUACAGACGCCCUGUAGGUGAUGCACCACUUAAUGAUUUAGGGAGGGGCAAGAAGCGGAGACAACUAAUGAGCUGAAUGUGUAUAAUGUAUGUAUUAGGCUGCGGAACAUCUCUUUGUAUAGUAACGUAAGGAACAACCUAUACACCCCCAUCCUGUAGCAGAUACCCCUUGUGCGUUAUCCAGAUUACAUGGGAGUUUUUUUCUGAAUAAAGGUUCUUUCCAGAAUUUGGGGCACCUACUUUAAGUUGGCUAAUAAUCAUUAAUACAUUGAAUAAACCCAAUAGGAUUGCACCACCAUGGAUUGGUGCAGCUUAGUUACCAUCAAGUACAAGGUACGGUUUUAUUAUUACAGAGAAAAAGGAAAUCAUCAUUAGAAUCAUGUGAUUAAAAUGAACUCUAUGAGAGAUGGCCUCCCCGUAAUGCGGAGGUUUCUGGAUAAUGAAUUUCCAGAUAAGGGAUCCUAUACUAGCGACCUGCACUGGUCUGUUUUUUAAUACCUGCACCCAACCCGUACCCGCUUACCUUAAGCCUUACCCACCUUCUCAACCCCAUGGAUUUCCACCUCUCCCCACUGUGAUUGCAAUGCCAGCCGGAAGUGAUGUCACAUUAACUGGACGUGAUGUCAUAUUGAUGCAUUAGGAAGCUUAGAUUGAUGCCUGUAGCGCACCCCACUGGAGUCCAUCAGGUACCUGCGGGAUACCCACACAGUGGGCACAUGAAGCAUAACCCAGCCGUGUCCCGAUCACAUUGCGGGUAUUUUAGGGGUAACCAACCCUACCUGUUAUCCAGAAUGCUUGGGACCUGGGGUUUUCCGGGUAAUGGAUCUUACGUAAUUUGGAUCUUCAUAUUUUAAGUCUACUAGAAAAUCAUGUAAACAUUAAAUAAACCCAAUAGGCUGAUUUUGCUUCCAAUAAGGAUUAAUUAUAUCUUAGUUGGGAUCAAGUACAAGGUACUGUUUUAUUAUAACAUAGAAAAAAGAAAAUUAUUUUUAAAAAUUUGGAUUAUAAUGGAGUUGUUGGAAGAUGGCCUUUCCAUAAUUUGGAACUUUCUGGAUAAAGGGUUUCUGUAUAAUGGAUCCCAUACCUGUACAGGACUCUAUCCUAUACCUGUCAUAUUUCCAAUCAAUCCUGGUGACCUUUUACACUUACAUUACACUUACAUUAUUCAAGGAUUAAUUGUUUUAACAUUAGGGAGUGUAUAUCUAUUUUUCCUACGAUUUUGGUGCUAGUAGAUGUAAAAAUGUUGUCCAAUGGAAGCAGAAUUCUGCAAAAUAUGCUCAUUAUUUAAAUGAAAAUACAUUUUGAACAAGCCAAAACACAGUACUGAAUAAAAUUCUUGUUUACAAUGUU